GGACCUCAUCCCUUCUUCGAUUCAUAUUUCCAAUUCAUUCACUUUUCUCUUCUUGUAAUCCUGGGCUAUUCCAAUUCAAUUUCCAAUCCCCCUUCCGUCUCUACAAUUGAUCUUACAUUAUCCCUCGGAACUCACAAUGGACUCCCUCACUCCCCCCACCUACGAAAUCUUCCGCGACAAGCACGGGAUCCCCCAAUUCUCCCCCAAACGGGGAACCCGUGCCCUAAUAAACGCCCUCUCCUACGCCUUCCCAACCCUAGAAACCGAGCUGGAGUUGAUGCAAGCAGCCCUGCAAAAGUUCUUUGUGUCUGAGAAAAGAGUCAGCGGCACAUUCAUCUGUGAACUACCAGAGAACAACUUGCAAGCCAGUUUGAAGGACCAGAAGGACGAUGUGGAAAGUCCUUUGCCUAGUGCGGUUGCCUUUUUGCGGAGUUGGAAGGUUGCGUUGGAACCGCAGCGAGGAGCGCGGGCGGGCUCAAGGUCUAGUUCAAGGGUGGAGGGACGAACGCCGGCUUUGACUAGUAGGAAUACUAGCCGAGCAAGCAGUAGGUGCGGGACGCCUGUGUGGAGGGAACCGGAUGGAGAGGUAUUGAAGGGCAGUUCAAUGACGACUUGGAGUUUGUCGAGUGGUCAGGAGAUUGAGAAGAAGAAGCGAACUCCUUAUGACCCAGUCAAGAGGCGGAAGGUUGCGGAAAAUAGAGGGAACGCUUGUGAGAAACAUCGUUUGCAGAAAACUGCUGUAAGCUACGGCAAGUCAGCGCAAGAGGAUGAAGUGCUGACGAGUUGUGUAGUGUGAUCCAAGUUCUUGCCCUCAGAACAAGCUUUACUCGAAGGCUUCUAAUUGCAACAAACCAGAAAGCAGCUUUGUGAAUUCCGAAGCAGAAUUUCCCAAAUCCAAUCAAAGACCUGGAGUAUCAAGACCUGAACUUCAGACCUCGACGAGUUCUUUUCUUGUAGAAGACAAAACACUUCUAAUAGGAAGCGAAGACUUCUGGGACUCCUCAUUUUGCAAUCCCAUGCCUGUUCAAAGCCAUACCUCCCAAACAAGCACUAUGACUCGCACGAGUUCGUCGCAUAGUACACGUACUACAACAUACGACGAGAGCCCAUAUAGCAACCCUGACCUUUCAGACUCGCAUAUAUCGAGUGGCCUCCAUUUCAAUAACUCGAGCACAGCACUGCUAGGAUUAGACUCACUGUUGGAUGAAACUCCAGCUUGGAAAAGUCCAGAAGACAAUACUCCCUGGCAAAUUUCUACCGAACCGCAACCAACGCUUGAAGAUCCUUUCAUGGGCUGGGGCGACAAACGCGCGAGCCAGAACUUGGGCGAGUACGAAUGGGUAGUAGAACACCUAUGAAUCUCUCCUGAGUGAAGAAAGAAGUCCAAACCUACGCCGAGACGAUGACAGAAGCCAACGCCGCGAGGAAAGAAAAACUCUUGUCGCUAUCACGCAGAGUCAUCAUUCACAAAUCUAGCUACUAACUUCGCUGUAGCCCAGUCGCUAGCCAGAGCCCCCUCCGAUAUCCGAAUGCAAGCUGAUUGUAGAAAUUAAAGAGGACAACGUGACGAGCUAGAACUUGGCCAUUACGCAAAGAAAUCCACCAUCUAGAAUCUGGGGCGACCCAGAAAUGCCGUAUCAACCACGUCACGCUACAGAAAGCCAACGACCCAAGAUCCAGAAAAUAGAUUUCUAGAGACCCUCAUACACUAUCCGGGCUUGUUCAACUCGUCCUUUCCACGACGCACGUCGACGGAAGAUUGAAAGGAACCAAACG